UGAUAAAAUGUGGUUCAACUUGUAAUGAUAGUACUAUAUCUUAUAAAACGAUUUAGGGUUUUACACUCGUCAAACACGCAGCAGCUGCUAGAGCUUUCAUAUCGCCGAUUUACUUCCGAGCUAGUUGCUGUUUCAAGAAAUCACCAACAAUGCAGAAUGAAGAGGGACAAAACAUGGAUCUUUACAUCCCCCGAAAGUGCUCUGCCACUAACAGGUUGAUCACUUCAAAGGAUCACGCGUCUGUUCAGAUUAAUGUUGGCCAUUUGGAUGAGUCUGGCCUUUACACUGGCCAGUUUUCCACUUUUGCCCUCUGUGGUUUUGUACGUGCCCAGGGUGAUGCCGAUAGUGCGCUUGACAGGCUGUGGCAGAGGAAGAAAGUCGAAACUCGCCAGUAGUUACUUUAUUGGUUUAGUGUUUUGUUCCAUGAUGUUAAACAGCAGUUUUCGUUUCAAUCACUAGAAGCAUGAGGGAUGUUGUUGCAUCAAGUUUGUAGGUUUAAUUUGGAUCUUGUUUGAACCAUUAAUCAUACAAUCUAAGCGCUAUUUCACCAUUCAUGUUAGUGGUUUUGAA